AAUCAACAGUUAAUGUAAACAAUACGAGUUUGUAAUUUUUUACUCUAAAUUAUUGAAUUUGUAAGUUCUGUUUGACAUUAUUCAAAUGUCUUAUAUUAUCAGAUUUAUUUAUAACUUUAAAUCUAAUGACUCUUGCCUUUGCUCUUUAUAAAAAGUGUUUAUAUUUCCUGGUAUUUCACGAUUAACAAACAACUCUUUGUACUUUGUAGCCACAUCGCAUAUCAUUUCAUUAUGACAAUUAUGACUUAUGAUAAUAAUAUUAUCAUUUCAUAAUCAUGUCCAUGUCAUGUGACGUUGUGAACAAUUUUAGAUAAUAAGGAAGGGAGGGUGAUGCAAAUUAUAUUUGCUGAUGUACCCUAUAAAUGCGUUUCCCGACCUGUGGUUGUGAGAUGUCAGUUGAGGUGGUGCGAGGAACAGAGAUUUAAUUUUAAAAAGUGGCCAUUGGCCAUUGACUUUUAAUUUUAAGUUAUUACAUAAUGAAAUACAUUCAUAAAUAUAAGUUUGUAAAAAAUUGUUUAUUAACAUUAUUAUAAUUAGUAAUGGUCACAAGUUAUUUUCUAAGCUCUACAGUGCUCUUUUUAAUUCCAUUAGCAAAUUAUAAGUCCAUUUUCUUACAUUUUAAAAUGAAUUAUUACUUUUAAAGGGGCUGGGAGACUUAGGAAAAACAUUUGUACAGUAUACUACACUACUAUAGUCUAUACUUUACUACAAAUUUGUCCUGUAGGCUACUCUAGGGGACCACAAAGCUGUAUUAAAGGGACCCUGUUGACACUAGUUGCUACAUCCCUUAGAGGAAUACACGUUAGUUCCUUUGAGACUUAGUAUAGUCACUGAAAUUUGAGUACCACUGGUAUAGUGAAGGGUUUUAUACACUGCUUACUUGGAAUCUAGGUACUUGUGUGUCAAAAGUUUGGACCCACUGUGUUCUUAGAGAUCCUUCCCAUAUUGUGAAGCAUCAACAAUAUGAGAUGGUUCAGUUUUACUAUCUAACACUCAGAUUCCAACAGCCAGCAUGACAAUUCUUAGAAAUUAAGAGAAGCUAAACUUAGAGCUAGAUAGAGGAAGGAAUAGUGGGUUGGGCGGAGCCAAACUUUCUUCAUGAUAACUUAUUUUUUACAGUCCACUGCAAUAGAUAGAUUGUGUGUAAAAAAUGUUUUCCAUCUUUCUCAUGCUUAGCAGUCUAUCUUCUCCAUACAAUUUUUUUUUCUUGGUAAGAUUUUUGUAUUCUAAAUAGUGAUAGUAAUACUUUGGAUGCUCUACUAUCUUAAUUAAUUGGCCUAUUUAAUCUAGUUUUAAUUGUUAACUAAAAAAUUAUAAAUGACUAAUUUAUAAUUAUAAUUUUCAACCACCCAGUCGUAGGUUGUUGUUUUUUUACAUGCCUCCAAAAAGUUAACAAGAUAUGACAUUUCGUAUUUGAAAUUUGAUUUUACUGUAAUAAAGUUUGGUGGGGGAGAGAAACCACAGUGUGUUUUGUGUUCUGGGGUGUUAGCAUCCACUUCUCUAGAGACUAGCAUAUCAAAGAGACACCUGGAAACAUCCCUGCUCAAUAAACAAAGAUGUCGACUUCUUUAAACGCCAGGCCAAACAAUUUCACAAAUCCAGGCUUGAUGACACAAGAAUUUUGCACAGAACAAUAAGGCUGGUCUAAAAGCCUCCUAUGAGGUUUAAUAAAAGUAGCUGCUGCCAAGAAACCCUACAUCAUCGAUGAGCAGUUGAUAUUACCUUGCUGCAAAGAUAUCAUAUUAUAUGUGCUGGGAACUUCUGUACUUGAGAUGCUAAAGCAUGUUUCCCUCUCAAGCAAUACUGUUAGAAAGCAAAUAGUGAGAUGUGUCUGUUAACAUACUGUAACAGCUGGUUCUGAAUAGUCAGAAUUUGAUUUGCAACUUAGCAUCUAUGUGCAAUAUGUAUAUGACAAGCACAUGGAAGAUGACUUUUUGUUUUCCGCAACUCUAGAACAACUACUAAAGAAAUAUGUGACAUACCAGUAGCAUACAAAUUCUUUGAGGCACAUGGCAUCAAAUGGGAAUAUGUCAUUGGUAUGUCUACUGAUGGGGCUCCAGCCAUGCUUGAUUGCUAUUAUGGUUUUCAAACUUGAGUUAAGCAGAAAUCUCUAAAUAUUAUGGGUACACAUUUCACUAUUUACUGCCCGCGGUUCUGAAUUUGAAACACUCCCACAUGAGGUGGUUUUUCAAAGGGAAAGGUUUGUAAAGAUAUCAAUACAGAUUAGAUGCCAAAAAUGACACGAGAGUUGUACUGGCAAAACAAAGCCAAAAUUAGAACUGGUUCAGGCAAAGCAGAUGUUCACAUCUCAUUGAAUGUACAUUUGAUGACUAAGAUUUGCCAUUAUCCCACUAACUUAUUGUUUAGUCAAAAAAUGUUUUGCUAAUGGCAGCCUAUGAGAUAAUUGUAGAUAAUUUGAAAUGGUCCAGGAGCAAUAUAAAAAUUUGUAAAGAGAUGGUCACACAAGAAAUCCUAAAAAAGUUUGAGAACUACUGCUUUACUAUAACCCAUGUAACCUAUUAUAAACUAUUAAAUCAGUUUAUAAAGAACUAGAAUAUAUGACUCGUUGUUACUGCGGUAAUAAGGGAAAGCAUUUUGAGCUUCUUUCUACCCGCUAUUUUGAAGUUUCAACAUCUAAAUAUACAAUUUUUAUGUAAAUAUUAACUAUUUAACUGAAUUGGGUUUAAUUGAUUGUAUCCUCAAAAAACUAAAUAAAUUCCACAAUUUUCAACACAUUUGAAAUGUAUAUUUUUGAAAUAGUAAAUCAGACUUGUCUUAUUUUUUAAGUAUCUAUGUAUAGAUAUUUAAGUUUCUAACAUGAAUGGGUUUUGAGAAUAUUUUUCUUCGAUAAAAUAUAGGACUACUAAACACAUUUUCAGGUCAACUGAUCUUCAAGGAAAAUAUAUUUUCUAAAAAUUUUAAAAAGUAUCUCCUCAAUUUAAAAAAAUAAUUCUUUGUUCCGGUAAAUCAUGACUGUUACUGUUAAAUUAAUGGAUUUUUUACUUAUUUUUUUUAUCAUCAUUAAAAAUGACGUCAACCUCUGCCUCCCUCCUAUAUAAUUGGAAAAUCAUAAAAAACAGAAUUCUUAUAUCUAAAUAAGAAUGUAUUGAACAAUUUUGUCAUCUGUAAUAGUCUUGUGUUUUUUAAGAACCAUUCUUAACUAUUCUUAAUCUUCAUAAAAAUUAUCCAUGCCUCUUAGCUGUAUUUUGCAUGUAAAAAUAUAUUUCCUUAAGUUUAAAGAAAAUCUUAACCCCUAUUAGUUCACGCCCCUGAACUGUAUUUUGGUGAAAUGUAUCUAUUUUUAAAGAUUUACAUUUCACAUCUGUAAAAUUAUUGGGUUUUUAGAAAUUGUUAUCUACAUAAAGCUGUCGACACUCGCUUUCUUUCGCAUUUUAAAUAUAUUUUCACAAAAUGUUAACAAUUUAUUUUUUAAUAUAAACAUUUUGUUAUACUCAUAAAUAUGUGACCACACCUUAUCCUUUCCCCUGAAUUGUAUAUUUGGAAAAAUUGAAACUAUGAUUUCCUUAGUUUCAAAGAAAAUUGUAUCCAAUAUUUUCUUCUUUUGAACUUCUUUGAGUUUUAAGUAUGGUUAUAAGUCUUACUUAUGUAAAUCUGUCCAAAAUGUGCCAAUGUCCUAGAACUGCAUUUUCUGGCAUAACUGAGAUACAUAUUUGUUCAUUUUGAAAGAAAAUCUAAAACCUCAUUUCACGAUGGUAGUAUUAUCAAAUUUAACUGUAUUGUUUUUUACAUUAAAAUUUACACAUCCUCUUUACUCCCACACAAAUGUGUUUGUAGUAAAGCUUUAAAUACAUCAUUUCAUUAGUUUUGAAAUUAUAUGUAUGCUAAGUUCCGGUUUGUAACAUAUUUGAACUUAGAGAAAUUGAUAUACCCACAAAAUGCACCCACCUAUUAUGUGGUGUAUCUUGUGGCAAUAUUAAAAAAAUUGCACCACCCCCACCCCCCCCCCUCUCCACCCUUUACACCCCAAAAAAACUCACUUCUUUUUAAUAGCUAUGAUUUCAAAAGAUUUAAAGAUAUAGUUAACCACACGAAAAUGUACUCAUUGUCUUUCUUCUCCCUGAAAUGUGCUUUCUGAAUAAGGUUUAAUACACUAUUUGUUUUACUUUUAAAACUAUGUUUAUACCAAUUUCCGAUGUUUAACAAACUUGGGCUUUAAGAUACAGCUAUAGCCAUGACAUACGCCCAGACAUUAUUUGGUGCAGCUUGUGCUGCCUGUGGCAAAAUCCAAAAAUCACAGUCACCUCUGCCCACUCCCAAAUAUUUUAUCAAGUUUUUAAUAAACAUUAAUAAAAGCAGCACAAUAACACCCUUAGUAACCCCAUCUCAUUUUUCAAUAAACAUUAAUAAAAGCAGCACAAUAACGCCCUUAGUAACCCCAUCUCAUUUUUUAAUAAACAUUAAUAAAAGCAGCACAAUAACGCCCUUAGUAACCCCAUCUCAUUUUUUAAUAAACAUUAAUAAAAGCAGCACAAUAACGCCCUUAGUAACCCCAUCUCAUUUUUCAAUAAACAUUAAUAAAAGCAGCCCAAUAACGCCCUUAGUAACCCCAUCUCAUUUUUCAAUAAACAUUAAUAAAAGCAGCCCAAUAACGCCCUUUGUAACCCCAUCUCAUUUUUCAAUAAACAUUAAUAAAAGCAGCACAAUAACGCCCUUAGUAACCCCAUCUCAUACAUUUUGCACACACCCCUGAAUUUUAUUGAUAUUCUAAUGGGAUAUCACAUUUUACAAUUCAGUAUGCUGCAUUUUCUUUUUUUUUUAAAUAGCUAAUCUUUAUUUCCAUAUAUUUUAAUAAUGAUAGGAUUAUGUUUUUUUAAAUUAAAAUCUAUACCAAAGUUCACUCUGUAAUAUAUAUUUAGGUUUGGAGAAAAUGAUAUUGAAAUGUCUUCCACCCCCCCACAACCCCCACCCCCCAAAAAACAAAUUUUCCUCCCCCUUGAAAUAUAAAAUACAUAAAUGGUAAAAUAAAUAGUUCAAAAUUUUAUUUUCAAAUUUUCUAUAUUUUAAUUUUAAACCAUUAUUGAACAAUAUUGCUUGAUCAGCCUUUUUCUUUUUUUUCUUUUUUUUCUUUUUUUUUUUUUUUAAACUUUAAAAAAACAAUUUUUAAAAAUUUAAAAAAAAAAAAAAAAGUUUUGAUGAUGCAUAAAUAAUUAUCCUUACUCAUCUUUAUUUUAGCUAUAAUUUUGAUCAAGUUUAUUGUCCAUGGCAAACUUUUCUGGAGAACCCAAUAGAAGUAAAAGAAGGUCAGAAAAUAAUGGUAAGAAGUUUAUUUAGAGAGUGAAUAUAUAUUUGUAGCAAACAGGACAUUAAAUGAUAAAAAUUAUUUUAAGGACAUGGUUCAAUAACUAAUUAAACUUAUUUAAUUUUUUUUAAAAUAAGUUUAUAGAAAAACUUUAUGUUCAUUUCCAACAUCAAUAAUAAGUGCAUUAAAAUUCAACUCAGGUGUUUAAAGAUGUAGAUCAAGUGCUAUACUUUAUUUAUUUCUUAUCUAAAUAAAUCUCAAUAUAAAAUAAACUCUUUGUUGUUAUUAUUUCUUUAUCAUAUGGCAAAUUGAUUGUAGGCGUAGAGGCAAAGAAAAAGAAGAAUAAUGCUCUCUCGAUUGCUGAUGAAACAAGUCACCAAACUGAGGAUGUUAAUGCAUCAAAUAUAUUAGCAUUAUCACGACUGAGCUUUCAUUUCUUUGAUGUUCCUUGUGCUCAAUUAGCGCGAAGUCUGCUUGGCCAGAUUCUAAUCAGAAUUCAAGGUUCACAGCGCAUCAGUGGCAGAAUAGUGGAAACCGAGGCAUAUUUAGGUAAAUUUAUGAAAAAUUGUGUUUGAUUUUUAAAGUAUUUAUAAUUAAAUGUUUAACUGCAGAUAAUUUUAUUUAUACAGGAUAUUAGUUUCUAUUAAACAAAUUAUUCUCACUCAAAGUAAUAAUGUUUUGUAAGUGUUUAAAUGCCUUUCAAAUUGCAUCAUGUUUUAUUUGUAUUGAGACAUGAACCUAUCAAAUUUUGCAAAAAGGGUAAAUCUUAAAAAGACUAAGAUACCUGACUCAAAUAAAUGAUGAAAGCUGUGUACCCCACCAAAUUUCAGCACCAUUUCUUUUUUUCUAAAGUGAUUAAAAAGGUAUAAGAUAGCCUCUGCCAAAAAAAAAGAAAAAGAAUACAUUCUAUGAAUGUCAAGUUACGUAAAAGCUUGUAAAAGGAUGGAGCAUUUUAAAAAGGCCCCUAUUUUUCAAUUAUCAUCUCAUAAAGUCAAUUAUGUAGACAUAAUAUUGAUAGUUGAGUUGGUUUCUGGUCUGGAUUUUUACUUGGUUAAAUUAAAUACUUUUUUCAUUGCCUUUUUACUAUUCCAUAUAGUUACAAAUUUAUUUUGUUAUUUUAACUACUCUUUUAGACACAGUAGUACUUUAAACUUUUUCUAAAACUUUUUUAGUUCUACUUGGGGAAACAACCCGUAAUAUUAUAAAAGAUAUUUUAAAAAUCUGAAAUUUUCCAACAUAGGUUUGGAAGAUAAGGCUGCACAUUCAUUCAAUGGCAAAAGAACUGAACGGAAUGAAGCCAUGUUUAUGACCCCGGGCACAGCAUAUGUUUACAACAUCUACGGCAUGUACUGUUGUCUAAAUAUUUCCAGUCAAGGUAAAAAUUGGUUUCAUAAAUUUGAAAGUAAAUUUGUGUCUAUUGCCUCAAGCCUUCAAACCCCUGGUGCAUAAUUUCCUCAUCACCACCAGUAACAGAAACAUUGCAAAUCCCAUCUACAUGCAUAGGAGCCAAAAUGAUCAAUAAAUUGAUCGUGGGCCCUUAAGAUAUAGAAGAAGAAGAAGUAAAGGAAUGUAAUGCAUUUGAUAAGAAAGCAUUUAAUUUUGUUUAAGUUACAUUGCAGUCAUAAAAAAGGGUCUAAGAGAAAACUGUUAAGAAACACUGAUCCGAAGUUAUGAAUUUUAUUCACUUUAAAAAAUGAGAAAGGUAAUCUAAUGAAAUUUGUAAAUUAUAUUCAAUUUAAUUUUAAUUUUUUAACUGUAAAUGUAUAGAUAAAGAUGCAUCUUUUAAAUGGUUUAAUUUAAUUGGAAAAUUAAAUAUAGUUAUAACUUAAGUGUUAUCAUGUGAGCAUCAUUAGGCAUGAAAAAAUAAUCUUUUCAGAGAAUAGUAAUGGUAAUGUUGGGUAUUUUGAUAAUUAAACUAAUAAUCUUGAGAUCAUAAUUUUUGAACUUCCUUGUUGUCAAGGUGAAGGUUGUGCUGUACUGGUCAGGGCCCUGGAGCCAGUAGAAGGCGUCCACUUAAUGAGAGAGCAUCGUGGCAAGAAUUCAACCAAACCACAAAAGGAGAAAGACAUGACAAAUGGACCAUCCAAACUAUGUCAAGCCAUGGCAAUCUCCAAGUCUGAGUUCAACAAGAUUGAUGUUACAACAUCAAAGAGUUUGUUUCUGGAACAGGGGAGCACAGUUCUGGACAGUGACAUUGUCAGAUGUGCCAGGGUUAACAUCGGCUACGCUGAGGAGUGGGAGCAUAAGCCGCUACGAUUUUAUGUAUUAGGAAAUAAAUGUGUGAGUGUUAGGGAUAAACAAGCAGAGCAAAACAUGUCAGGGACAGGAACUUGAAUCUGUUAAGAGUGCGAUAUAACAGAUACCAAUACAUUUGUUUUAGACUUUGGCCACCCCUGUUGGUACUGAUGUGUAUACUGUAUGGGGUGGUCUGUAUGGUAUAGACGAGUUUGGAUUGAUGCUAGCUGAUUGCAUCAAAAAAGGAUUUAACACUCAUUCCAAGGCAAUGAUGGACAAAAAUGACAGCAGACGGACUACAUGAGCAAUAAGCAUCAACUCAUAUCAGAGAGGUACCAAUGAGGCAGUUGCUCCCCUUUGUUAAUUAAAUAAAUAGAUAUGUUGAAUGAAGAAGGUAUAUAUUUUAAUUUGAAUGAAGGUCAUUGAUAUUUAAUUAAUUUUUGCCUUUUAUGGUUUAUACAAAAACUUAGCCACAUUUCCUAUUGUUUGGAUUCUUCAAUGAGUAUUAAUCAUGUAUUUUGAGUUUCUUUGAAUCUGGAUGUUACUGAUUUAUCUGCCACGGAGAAGUUCACAAGUUUUAGCCUAUUUUAACCACUUCUGUCAGCAGCAGAUAAAUCGGCUUGUUGAUUUCUAGGGCAAAAAAUCAAAUUCAUUCAUCACCAGGAAAUAUGGUGGGUCUGGAGGCUCUCUCCAUGACAGGAAAUAUGGUGUGUCUGGAGACUCUCUCCAUGACAGGAAAUAUGGUGUGUCUGGAGACUCUCUCCAUGACAGGAAAUAUGGUGUGUCUGGAGGCUCUCUCCAUGACAGGAAAUAUGGUGUGUUCUGGAGGCUCUCACCAUGACAGGAAACAACACCCAUCAAAGGCAGAGACUUACCAGCUAUGUUCUUGUAAUGGCACAACACUGGAGUGCAUCAGGACCCCAUGCAACUUAGUUUCACAUGACAAAUAUCAAGAACUCGUUACUAAAAUCCAUAAAUAUCAUCUUUCUCAAAACUGUCUCAAUACCUCCCUGUGUCUCCAGUUAUAACAUUGACCAGUAAUUUAUUCAUUGUUGGUUAUUGCCAAAAUGUUCUAUUUAAU